AUGUCGAGCGGAUUCGUUUCAUCCAAAGAAAUUGAAGAAGAACGAAAAAUUCGACAAGAUGAAUGGGAAAAAGUUAGAAAACCCGAUGAUUCAUUAGUUGCUCCUGAACCGGAAAUCUGCAAUCAAACACUUUUUGAGCAACUGCGGAACAACAGAGAAGCAAAGCAAGCGGAACUUGAAGAAGCAAAAAAAUUCAAAAACAUGAUCCGUGGAAUUGACGAAGAUGAAAGCGAAUUUCUUGCACAAAUUGAUAAUCAAAAGUCAGAAGCCGAUAAGCUGAAAAAAUUGGAAGAACAAGAAAUGCUCAAGGAAAUGGCGAAAACAAGAAGUGCAGCGAAUGCUGUCGCUGCGAAAAUCUCUUUGAAACCCUCCACCUCUGGCACCUCGGGAACAGUUCAAAAGUCCAAACAGGCAUCAAUUUUAACUUCCGCCAUCAAAAGAAAAUCGACUAGCACAGAAGAGCGAAAUGACACAAAAUCAUUGAAAGUUGAUGAGCCUGCAAUGAAAUUGGCUGGAACAAUUCAAGGAAUUAUCGAUUAUGAACCGUCCAGCGAUAGCGAAUCUUCCGACUCAUCCGAUGAUGACACAUCGCUCCCAGUUCUGCGCACAACACAAAAAGUAAAGAAACAAGACGAUUGUAGCGAGUAA